AAAAGAAAAAGAAACUACACCAUCUCUGUAAGGGAGUGCCUAAACGUUGCAAUCGACGAUCUUGUUUAACGGUCAGGAAUGUCAGCUGGCAACGACAACGGAGAUCGGCUCACCCAAUUCAAAAACAAAGGGAAAGAUGUGAAUGAGCUUAGGCGCAGGAGAGCAGAAGUCAACGUGGAGCUGCGCAAAGCGAAGAAGGAUGAUCAGAUCCUGAAGAGGAGAAACGUCCAGACCCUGCUGGACGAGCCCACCUCUCCUCUCCAUGAGACGGAUCCCAACGCACAGCCUCCUCAGCACUGGACUGUGGAGGAGAUAGUGGAUGGUAUCAACAGCCAAAAUCUAGAUCAUCAGCUGCAGGCCACGCAGGCAGCCAGGAGGCUCCUCUCAAGAGAAAAGCAUCCACCUAUUGACAACAUCAUUACUGCCGGCCUCAUCCCGAGGUUUGUUAGUUUUCUGGCAUUGUCUGAUUGCCCCCCCAUCCAAUUUGAGGCAGCCUGGGCCCUGACCAACAUCGCCUCCGGUACCUCAGACCAGACCACUGCUGUAGUGGAUGGAGGGGCCAUUCCUGCUUUCAUCAACCUGGUGGCAUCCCCCCACCCUCACAUCAGCGAGCAGGCCAUUUGGGCCCUGGGUAACAUUGCAGGUGAUGGAUCCAACUACAGAGACCUAGUGAUCAAACAUGGUGGUCUCAAUCCCCUCCUUGCCUUGCUGGCAAUUCCUGACUUGUCUGUGUUUCCUUCUGGCUACUUGCGCAAUGUCACCUGGACGCUGUCCAACCUGUGUCGCAACAAGAACCCAGCCCCGCCUUUGGCAGCGGUGCAGCAGCUGCUUCCAGGCCUGGUGCGCCUCCUUCACCACGACGACAGGGAGAUCCUCGCCGAUACCUGCUGGGCUGUGUCCUACCUUACUGACGGCUCCAAUGAGAGGAUAGAGGUGGUGGUGCAGGCCAGCCUGGUGCCCCGCCUGGUACAGUUGCUCGCCUGUGGAGAGCUCUCCGUUGUGACUCCAGCCCUGCGGUCCCUUGGCAACAUAGUGACUGGGACAGACGAGCAGACUCAGUGUGUGCUGAAUGCAGGUGCACUGGCCAUGUUCCCAGGCCUGCUGCGCCACAACAAGCCCAAUAUCCAGAAAGAGGCUGCCUGGACCUUGUCCAAUAUCACUGCAGGCAAGGAAACCCAGAUCCAGGAGGUUAUCAAUGCAGGCCUGAUGCCCAUGCUGGUGGAGAUCCUCCAACAGGGAGAUUACAAGACUCAGAAGGAGGCAGUGUGGGCAGUCACCAACUAUACCAGUGGUGGGACGAUGGAGCAGGCGGCCUACCUGGUCCAAUGCAAGGUCCUGGAGCCUCUGCUCAACCUGCUGACCGCUAAAGACAGCAAAAUUCUCUUGGUCAUCCUGGAUGCAAUCCAAAAUAUUUUACAGAUGGCAUACAAAGCUGGCGAGGUUGAAAAACUGUGCCUAAUGAUUGAGGAAUUGGGUGGUUUGGACAAGAUUGAGACACUGCAGACCCAUGACAAUGAAGCUGUGUACAAGUCAUCUCUCAACAUCAUAGACAAAUACUUCUCUGAAGAGAAUGAAGAGGAUGAUUCUGUGGUUCCUGAGGCUACUGCAGACUCCUAUACCUUCCAGAUCCCUGAGGACCAAAGCACUUUCAAGUUUUAAUAGAGCAGCUUUCCCUUUGUAACAUAAAAAAAAGAAAUUCAUACCAUGUUGAUAUUUUUGUAUUUUUUUUUUUUUUAGACAUUUCAUUCUUGUACGUGACAGUACAAACAAAAAUAUCCCUGAUUUGAGAAAAAAAUCUGUAAAUAAAUGUUCCUCGUGCAAA